ACCACUGACUGCCAACACAGCCAGAUCUGACAUUGGCCGCUGUUCAUUCUACUUUCAAGAGAAUUCACUGUUGUUCAACAGCAAAUUUGUCAAGACAACAUGCCACACAAACAGUAUCAUAAAUCCGGAGUUAGGAACUUCAGCUCUUCCUCUUUAUGUGCACCAGGAAAUUCCAGCGGAUUCAGUGUCUCUUCAUACCGCAGGGGUCCUAGCUUUAGUAGCAGAAGCCUUCACAACGUAGGCUCUGUUGGGCACAGAAUGUCAGGUGCAAGCUACAUGAGGGGCUCAUAUGGGUAUGGUGGACAUGGAUCUGGACUAGGAGUUGGUGGUGUUGGAUCAUCCUUCAGCAGUAGGGUUGGUGGAGGAUAUGGUGGUGGUGGAUUUGGUGCUGGUGGUGGAUAUGGGCUUGGUGCUGGAUUUGGUGCUGGAGGUGGAUAUGGUGUUGGUGGUGGUUUUGGAGCUGGUGGUGGGUUUGGUGGAUAUGGAGCUGGAUUUGGCCCUGCUGGUAUCACACCAGUUACUGUUAAUCAAAGCCUUCUCAUGCCACUCAAAUUGGAUAUUGACCCAAGCAUACAAAGAAUGAGAAAAGAAGAAAAGGAUCAAAUUAAAACAUUGAACAACAGAUUUGCUUCCUUCAUUGACAAGGUCCGAUUUUUGGAGCAACAAAAUAAAAUGCUGGAGACUAAAUGGACUUUGUUACAAGAACAAAAGACUGUAAGAAGCCAUAUAGAACCCCAGUUUGAGAGUUACCUAAACAAUCUCAGGAGGCAACAUGAAAAUAUCAAUGGGGACAGAGCCCGGCUGGAGGCUGAGCUAAGGAACAUGCAAGAUAUUGUGGAGGAAAACAAAAAGAAGUAUGAAGAUGAAAUCAACAAGCGCACAAGUACAGAAAACGAUUUUGUUUUACUUAAAAAGGAUGUGGAUGGUGCUUUUAUGAACAAAUCAGAGCUGGAGGCCAAAGUAGGGUUGCUGCAUGAGGAAAUCAGCUUCCUCCGAGAAGUAUUCCAAAUGGAAAUAGAUCAGCUCCAUGCCCAAAUCUCAGACACAUCAGUCGUUGUGUCCAUGGACAACAGCCGAGAUCUUGACCUGGAGAGCAUCAUUGCAGAUGUCAAAGCUCAGUAUGAGGAGAUGGCUAAAAAGAGUCGAUCUGAAGCAGAGACUUGGUAUCAAUCUAAGUAUGAGCAGCUGCAAGUCAGUGCUGGAAAACAUAAUGAUGAUUUACGGAACACAAAGAAUGAAAUUGCAGAAUACAACAGAAUGACAAGCAGAAUCAGAGGAGAAAUAGAAAACAUGAAGAGUCAGCGUACCAAGUUAGAAGCUGCCAUAGCAGAGGCCGAAGAGCGUGGAGAAGCUGCAAUCCGAGAUGCCAAGAAUAAACUGAUAGAGCUGGAAGAUGCGCUGCAGAAAGCCAAGCAGGAGAUGGCUCGCCUAUUAAGAGACUAUCAGGAAUUGAUGAACUCAAAACUGGCUCUAGAUGUCGAGAUUGCCACUUACAGAAAGCUCUUGGAAGGAGAGGAAUUAAGGAUGUCUGGAGAUGGAGGCUGUGUCAGCAUCUCCGUCGUGAGCUCCACCACUGGUGGAGUAAUUGGAGGUGGAGGGUAUGAAGGAGGCAGCGGAUACCACCAUGGAGGGUCAGGAUUAAGCUCAGGAUUCAGCUCUGGAAGCGCAGGUGGAAGGGGCAUAACCGGCAGCAGAUUUAGCUCUGGAAGUAGCAUGAGCUCUAGCGGAGGUGGAUAUACCACCACAGGUGGAUAUACCACCACAGGAGGAAUCCACGGUGGCUCCGUGGGAGGUUCAGCACACUCUGGCGGGUACACUUCAGGAGGUACUGGCUCCUCUUCUGUUAAUGUCACAAAAACAUCAACCACAACCACAAGAAAAAUCUGAUUUCUAAAAGCUGUCAUUCAAUCUUCUGACCUGCAAAUAUCUUGUGCUCUGAUGUGUUUCUAAUUCUUCGGUUUCUUUGACCAACAAUUCAAAUUAUCACAUAAUUAUUUUAAAGAAAUGUGAUGUUCAGUUAUUUUGCUGCUCAGUGUGCUAUCUGUCUAUGUAAGGCCAAUAUUGUAUCAUGAAUUGUAUGUUUCUGUGCAUAAUGCGCUAAAGAAAAUAUUCUGUAACAAAAGCUCAUAUGCAGUUAUCUGAGACACCUGUGGACGAAGUUAGUGAAAAUUGCCAUAAGCUGAGUUAGUGUGCAUGCUAAAUUUAUUUCCAAUUCAUUAUUUACAGUUCUCUUUGGUUAUGCAGUAAUAGGCAAAUUUCACUGACAAUGGCAUGCAUCUUUCCUUACAUCGUAAAAUACAUUUUAAUUUUCCAGCUCAGUCCUUUUAAGAUUAUAACAAGCUCACAUUUCAGGUAGUAACUCGGUGACUGGCCACUUAGUCAACUCUGCCCAACAUGCUUGGAAUGCAUAAUGUGUUGAGUUAUUGCACAAAUCUUUAAGGUAACUGCAGCUCUCUUUAUAUAUCAAUAUCUGAUUAGUUGCUUUGGGUUUCUGCAGUGUGUAUGCAGCCUUAUAGCACUUCUCUACAUUGUUAUCCCUUUUUAUCACUUAAUCAAAAUGUUGGUCAAAUCAGUCACAAUUGGCUACUGCUUCUUGUAUGUGGUCUUACUGCGCUAUAAAGGCUUGUUGAUGCGUUACUACACCUAAUGAACCAAAUUUAUGGUUUCAAUUGAAGUCAUAUGUUUCACUGCUAAAACAGAAGAAAACCAAACUUAUUACAAAAGAUUUUUUUGUGAAAUAAAAUAAUAUGGAUAGAUAACUGUGGGACGUGUGGGCUACAAACAACAACAACUUGUCAGAUGGUAGCAUUCAUGUUAUGAUGAUAUCAAUAUUACAUUAGAAAUAUGUUCAGUCGUUAUUGGUUAUGGUUAUACACCUCAUUGUAUAAAUAUCCAUCUACCAGUUUUCCUUAUUGGUUUC